AUGAGCGAAGCAAGAGAGAGUUCAAGUUUCCCAUACUGGGACCAAACACUAUCGAUUGACGAACGGCUAGAGGACUUGAUCCAGCGUAUGACGGUGGAUGAAAAAUGUGGAUUGAUGUUUCAGGACAUGAUUGUGAUGGGAGAGAAUGGCGCUCUUGCUCCAGCCCAACCUCAUUUUAACAUGAUCAGCAAUGAGGAUAUGGUGCGUGAGAGAAAAAUGUCAUAUUUCAAUCUUCUCGGCCCUGUUACCGAUGCACGAGCAGCUGCCAAGUGGCACAACAAUCUGCAACGGGUCGCGCGAAGCACACGACUGGGCAUCCCCGUCACCCUAUCCACGGACCCUCGCAACCACUUCACCGACAAUGUGGGCACAGGCUUUGAAGCAGGUAUUCUCUCCCAAUGGCCAGAGAGCUUAGGCUUCGCCGCUAUCCGUUCUACAGAGCUCGUGGAAAAGUUUGGCGACAUUGCCCGCCAGGAAUACCUAGCCAUCGGUCUUCGCCUUGCCUUGCACCCCCAGGUUGAUCUGGCAACGGAACCUCGCUGGUCUCGGAUCGCAGCCACAUUUGGUGAAGAUUCAGACCUUACCUCAAGCUUGCUCAAGGCUUAUAUUCGUGGAUUCCAAGGUACGACUCUGGGUCCGCAAUCAGUGUCAACUAUGACCAAACAUUUCCCCGGAGGAGGUCCUCAGAAGGAUGGUGAGGAUCCACACUUCGAUUAUGGUCGAGAGCAAGUGUACCCUGGUGAUAACUGGGAGGGUCACCUUCAGCCGUUCCGUGCUGCCGUUGAGGUAGGCACUGCCCAUAUAAUGCCGUCCUAUGGAAUGCCAAUUGGCACCAAGUACGAGGAAGUGGGCUUUGCGUUUAACAAAGGUGUCAUGACUGGCCUGCUUCGGGAAGAGCUUGGCUUCCAGGGAAUUAUCUGCACAGACUGGGCAGUAUUGAAUGAUAAGAGUUUCUUUGGCGAACCCAUGCCUGCACGCGCUUGGGGUGUCGAACAUCUCUCGGCCGAAGAACGCCUGGAGAAAGUCAUAGAUGCUGGAUGCGAUCAACUGGGUGGUGAAUCAUGCUCCGAGCUCCUAAGCAGCCUUGUUUCCAAGGGCAAAAUCUCUGAAGAGCGACUUGACCAAUCUAUACGACGAUUGCUUCGCGAAAAGUUCGUUCUGGGAUUAUUCGACUCUCCAUUUGUGGAUGAAGAUGCUGCAGAGCGAAUUGUUGGCAACCCUGAGUUUGUCAAACUAGCCAACGAGGCUCAAAGACGCAGCUACACGCUUCUGACCAAUAAUCAAAACGUUCUUCCUCUGGUAGCUAAUCAGGGGAAAAAGUUUUAUCUCGAUGGAAUUCCCGCUGAGGUUGCUGAAGCAAGGGGGCUGGAGGUGGUUUCCGAUCCGACCUGUGCAGACAUUGCUCUUGUACGCUUGAAAGCCCCAUUCACGCCUCGACCAGGUGCUUUCGAAUCCAUGUUUCAUGCUGGAUCUUUGGAGUUCACCGAUGAAGAAAAGGCUCGACAGGCAGCCAUCUUCGCAGCUGUCCCCACCGUUAUUGUGGAUGUGUACGUUGAUCGUCCCGCUGUUAUCCCUGAAAUUGUACAAGAAGCCUCUGCUCUGUUGUUCAACUACGGUGCAAGUGUAGAUGCUUUCCUGGAUGUUGUGCUCAGUGUCUAUAGACCGGAGGGCAAACUUCCAUUUGAUCUUCCUUCCUCAACAGAGGCUGUAUGCCAGUCCAAGUCGGAUGUGCCAUUCGACACCAAAGAUCCUAUCUUCCGGUUCGGGCACGGACUGAGCUAUGAGUGA